AUGGCUGCAUGUUUUCACUUUGGCCUCGGCAAACACCUCUACUACGUUGACCCGAACGAUUUCGUCACGCUUUUCAAGUUCCUCUACGUUCAGAAUGCGGCGUACUACACGUGCGCCGGCGUCGUCAAGCUUUCAUUGCUUUGCCAAUACUUGCGUCUUUUCCGAAAAGGAAUCAUUCGUCAAAUAUGCAUUGUACUCAUUGUGUUGACCGGCCUUUGGGCAUUCUUCUGGUUCUUUCAAGGCUGGUUUCCAUGCUUCCCUGUCUCUGGCUUCUGGAAUCGAGCACAGAUUCCACCGGCCAAAUGUUGGGGCACAGGUUUCGGCAACGUGGAAAACUCCCUCACCGCAUUCGUGGCUUUCGCCGCUACCAACAUGAUGCUGGAUACAAUCAUAUUCAUCAUACCAAUGAUGCUUUACUUUGGGCCUGGACUGGGCUCAAGACAAGUUCUUGCGAUCAUCAGUCUCUUCACUCUCGGCUCAACAGUCCUUCUCAUGUCUAUUCUUCGGCUGUGGACAACUAUACGUCACAACAAAUACGACGCAAGCUCGUUAGAUUUCACGUGGUGGUACCCUCUCACAAUGAUCCUGGCCUCUCUCGAGAUUGAUUUCGCCAUUAUUUGCGCCUCGAUACCGAUCUUCUGGCCUCUCAUCGCCACCGCGCUACCACAAAUUUUUGUGACACAGGAGGUGAGGGUAACGCAUCACCGGCGCCUCCCCGACAACAAUAAUGCGGAAUACGAUAUGGGGAGGAAGUACUCUAUCAAAAGUAGCGGCGGGGAUAGUCAAGAGAAUUUGACGGAGCUGCAAGAACAUCCCAAAACAGACUAUAGUGAUCCGUUGGUGGUGGAUCAUGUUACAGGAAAGAUCAAGAACAAUGCGGAAGUGGUCAGCCAGAAUCAGAAGAAGAGACGGCAGAAAUGA